UAAAUUGAUUAGAUGACAUUGAGAUGCAAUCGGAGUACCAGUGCAUAUAAAUUAUUUAGCAACCGAAAUAGCGAGUAUGUCAAAGCAAGAGGGAAAGGGGCAAGAGAAUCAGCAGCAAGAAGAACUGUUAAAGUUUCCAUAUGAAAUCAAGGAACUUGAGGCCGACCUUAACUCUAAACUUCUGCAAACUUUUCUAGGAGAACGCACAGGUGGGUAUGUGCAAGUGGGCUACAAAAACUGGUUUCUUCCCAAAAAAUAUAAACAAGACGCCAAAUUUUACUAUAACUUUAAAGUCCGCUCCGACGACGUUUUCGUAGUCACUUUCCCCAGGUCCGGCACCACCUGGACCCAAGAAAUGGUCUGGCUGCUGAGCAACCGUUUGGAUUAUAAAACGGCCAAGGAAACUCCUCUGAAUCACAGAUACACUUUUUUAGAAUUUUAUUCAUUGAAUACCGAUGAAGGUUUCGUCAACUUGCUGGGUAGAAAAGUCACCCCCAGCUGGAUAGGGCUGGGGCAGGAGAGCCUUGGGAAGAGGAGGUUCAUCAAGAGUCAUUUGCCUUUAGAGUUGCUGCCCCCAGAUUUGCUUUGCAGCAGGGCAAAGGUUGUAUAUGUGGCAAGAAACCCCAAAGAUGUGGUAGUGUCAUACUACCACUUCGCAAAGGCUAAUCCCUUCUAUGGAUUCGAUGGGGAAUUUGGAGAGUUUUGGGAGUUGUUUAGGCAAAACUUAAUACAUUGGGCUCCCUACUGGGAACACGUGAAAGAAGCAUGGACCAGAAGGAGAGGGAAUGAAAAUUUCCUUUUUAUUUUCUACGAAGACAUGAUUAAGGACUUAAAAGAAACUGUCAAUAAGGUUUCCAUUUUCUUAGGACAGUCUUACUCCAGCGAGCAAUUGGAUCAGCUGGUACACCAUCUGAAGUUUGACAAUUUUAAAAAUAAUAAUUCAGUGAACGCGUUUGCGGAUUUUAGAGUAAAACUAAAAGAGGGAGACAACAAUAGGUUUAUUAGAAAAGGACAAAUGGGCAACUGGCACGAGUACUUCACAGGAAAUCUGGAAAAGGAGGUAGAGGACUGGAUAGAGGAAAAUCUUAAAGAUACGGAUUUGAGGUUUCCCAUAUAAACACGUUCAUUACAAAAUAAGAGCUGAUAAAACCAAAAAUUAAUUUAUUUUGUAAAUGUGUUCCUAGGUGACUUAAUAUUAAAGUAGACACCCAAAAA